CGCAAAGUGAUGAUUUGAAUAACAGUCUGUUACAGAUAACGGAUAUACAGAUUUUCAAUAAUCAAGACAUGUUAUUCAUUAAUAGAGUUACUUUACAACACUUGGAGAUUUUCAAAUGCUUUGAAAGAAUUGAGGAAACAAUCAUGCCUAACUCAAUGAGUGAUCCAGUGUCUAGCCUAUUCAAAAUAAUAAAUCACUGUGUGACAACUCAAGGUAAAGCAGAAUUAAGAAAGUGGAUGCACUUUCCUCUGCGGAACAACAGAUCAAUUAAACAAAGAUUGGAUGCAGUGGAAUUUCUUCUAGAGUACAAAGGUGGAGAAGUACUAACCAUAAUUAGAUCUAUUCUGAGAAAGACUGGAAAUAUGCAGAAAAUUAUUCUCAGAAUUCAGGCGUUAUCGGAUUUAUCAAGUGACUGGAAAUUAAUAAUACAAACGUUAGAUUCACUCAAAAAGCUUAUUGACUUUUGUGGAAUGUAUCAAGAGAAGCUGUAUCCAGUCCGAGAAUUACUGAGAGAGAAUUUCGAUAGAAGGUUGCUGGAGAACUUGAGGUCUUGGAUAAUUCAUGUAGUCGAAACAGAAAGAACUAGAAGACAACAAAAAUUUGCUAUUCGGAGCGGAGUGGAUCCUACUUUGGAUCAGUGGAAUGAAACAUACACAUGUCUGCCAGAUUUGUUAUCACAUCUGGCGGAAGGUCAAAUAACGGAACUUCGUGCAAAUAUACGAACAUGUGGGCUAGUUUACUUCCCCAUGGUCGGUUAUUUGUUGAAAAUUCCGAAAGUCGAAGUGGAAACACCUGACAUACAUAUUAGCUGUUUGGAAUUCGCAUUUACAGAGACGAAAAUAGCAUACUAUCGAAACGAUACUACACGCACACUUGAUCGGCGAUACGGAGAUGUGAUGUACAGUAUUGUUGAUACGGAGACCACAAUUAUGCGGCACCUGCA